UAACAUUGCCGUUUUAAUUUCUUGUUUUCUUAUGGUCAUCCAUCAUAACGACAGUUUGCUGAUAUUUAGGUCCUUUUAAAAAAAAAAUACAAGUUAUACAUCCAAGAUCCAAGUCUACCAAUUCCAAGACAACAAGAUUCAAUCAAAAGCGUUCAAAAACUUCUUCAGCUGAUCACGAACUGACAACAGGCUCAACAGCUACAUGUACAUUCGCUGCAUCUGUUGAGUCUCAUGCAUGAAGCGUCAGUAGGGAACCCGAAUGCAGCCAUAUAGAUGAUACUGAAGCACUGGAAGAAAGUGUUCAAUCGGAAUCACCGAGAGAAUCUCCAUUCUUGGAUCAUAGUGAAGAUUCUGACCUGGACAGUGAUGGCCAUUCGUUGGAAGAAGUUGUAAGCAGCAGUGAAGUCGAGUCAGACAUAAACAACAAUGGCGAUCAUAUUGAUACAUCUGAUGAAGACAAGAGUUCAGAUCAUAACAGUUCACUUGCUGGUUCUUUCUCUGACCAGGAAAAAGCUUGCAUGGCUAUUCUGUCGUACGUUUCAAGACAUUGUAUCACCAGCGAAGCUGCUAAAGAUAUGAUAGAUUUGAUCAAAACCGCUUGUCCUGAAAAUGAAACCUUCAGAACACUUACUUACUGCAAAGCACAAGAAGUGUGUUGGAAGUGCGAACUGCAUGUUUAUGACAUUCGUGAAAAAUGCCUUGCGCUUUUCCCUUUGGAUGAUCCAAACAAGUAUGACUGUUCUACAGCCAAUUGUAAUGGACUUCGAUACAAGGGAAGUGCACAUCACCAAUCAAAACAGGAGCACAAAAACAGUUUUGUCACAGUAAACAUUCAAGACCAGCUGAAAGAUCUUUUGGAAAGAGAUGGGAUUUGGUCAACCAUUCAAAACAGAAUUAAGUGUCGUGGGAAAGAAGUCAUAGAAGACAUCAUGGAUGGAAAAUAUUAUAUUGAGUUGUGUGAGAAAGGCCAGUUCUUACACAACAAGGCAAAUAUCAGCUUGAUCUUUAACACCGAUGGAGCACCUUUGUACUCGUCAUCCAGUGUUUCCCUGUGGCCUGUCUUCCUAAUGCAGUGAAUGAGCUUCCCUCCCCUGACAGGUUUUCCAAACAAAAUAUGCCUAUGUGGGGAAUUUGGCAGGGUAAAUGAAAACCAGCAUUUAAUGUCUACUUUGAACCUUUUGCCACCGAAAUGACCAAGUUAUAUAAUGAUGGUAUUCAGAUUGUGUUGGCUGUUGAGCAGUCUCCAGUCACUGUAAAGGCUGCUGUCAUUCUUGGGUCAACUGAUUUGCAAGGAAAAUCCUACCUUCUUUGUAUGACACAACACAAUGGGGAAAGUGGCUGUCUUACAUGUGAGGAGCCAGGUAUUGUUGUAAAACAAGGAAAAGGCCAUGCUCGCUGUUAUCCAUACAGAAUUCAUGAGGAAACAUCUCCAAAGCGUACCACCAACUCAUUUCUGACCAAUGCUAUCGCAGCACAUCAAGGUCCCAAAAAAAAGGUUGCAGGUAUCUUUGAUGUCACAAGUCUGGCAUUAAUGCCUUGGUUUGAUAUUGUUGUUGGGAUGGUACCAGAUUACAUGCAUGGCUGUCUAUUAGGAAUUACCAAGACUCUCCUCUACAAAUGGCUGUCAGCAUCAAAUCACAAACAACCUUAUUUCAUUGGCGGGCAAAUUGCAAACAUCAGCAAGGGACUGCAAAGGAUGAGACCACCUGAUUAUUUGUCAAGACUUCCAAGGGACUUAGAAAAGCAUUUCAAAAACUUGAAAGCUUCAGAGUUGCAAGCUUGGCUGUUAUGCUACGCACUCCCAUGUUUAAACGAUUACCUGCCUGACAAAUACCCGCUACAUUUUGGACACCUGGCAGAAGGUAUUUUCAUCCUUCUUGGAGAUGCAAUUACACCUCUUCAGUUAAACAGAGCAAAAGAGCUUCUGCACACCUUUUACAAGGACUUUCAGAGUUUAUACGGAAAUGGAAGUUGUGGGCUCAAUGUUCACAAUGCCGGUGUUCAUUUGGCUGAUUAUGUACAGGAUGGGGACCGCUUUGGGCUUGCUCAGCCUUUGGUUUUGAGGAUAUGAAUGGUACCAUUAUGGACCUGACACACGGUACAGGAAAUGUUUGUAGGCAGGUUCUGUGGAUGCUUCAUGCUCAGAGUCGACUAAGGUGUGGCAUACAACUGAUGGAAAAUAGUGCCAUGAAACACUUCAUUGAAAGAAUACUUAACACUCAAAGAGGGGUAAAAAAUCUCAGGACUGCUCAAGGUUGCCAAAUUGCUGGUGGAGCUAAAAAGCUCAAUGGAUUAUCACAAGAUUUGCUUGAGAAAAUUAACAAUGAAACCACUAGCCAAGCAAAGAUGAAAGUGCUACGUAUUGUGAAGAAUGGACAUGUCUAUUUCUCAAAGGAGUAUUCCAGAAUGGUUAAACGAAAUUCAUCUGUUGCCCUGUUUGAGAAUGAGAAAAUUGGGGAGAUAGAGUUUUUUGUCUGGGAACGAGACUCUGGAUUGACACUUGCAGUGUUCCGAGAGGUGUAUCCAGAUCUUGGCAAACCCUUUUUCUUUCAAGAUGCUGGCCAUCA